CGGGAAGGAAGCACGGUCGAGUUAGCGCUAGCAAGCUUGGCACUUUGGGGCUUGGUGCUUGUUGACAAGUGCCGGAAACGAGAUUCUCGAACUUCGAAUCGCGAAGCUGCAAGCUCGCUAUCUCUCGUCCAUCGCCGCGUCUACCUCAGCGUCCACCUCACACAACUUCGAACAAUGGACAAAAUCCAGGAAUUUCUCCCUUCAGGGGAGAAGGGAUACCUUCCCUACUAUCUAUUCGUGAUUUCCGUCGUGGCCAUGGGCAAUGCGCUGCAAAACUACGCAACCCUACACUACACACGCCGCAUUUACAACGGGCGCUUCGUCACCAACCACUCCCUGCCGCCCGCCACCGGCCGUUACAACCCGGAGGACAGCACCAGCAUUGUCAAGCCGGCUUCGUCGACGGGCAAGGAUUCGGAGAAGGCCAAGGACCAGGUUUCGCCGCUCGCUGCGCGCGUCUUUGGCACCUACACCUUUGUGGCGGGCAUCAUCCGCUUCUACGCGUGCUACCAGCUCGAGAACCCGGGCAUGUACCAGCUGGCCAUGUGGACCCACAUCAUCGCCUCAAUCCACUUCACGACCGAGAUGCUCGUGUUCAAGACGAUCCGGUUCAGCGGGCCGCAGGUGUUCCCGUUCCUCGCGGGGUACGGUGGUGCCAUCUGGAUGUUGAUGCAGUACAACCACUACGUGCAAUAGGUGGUUUUCUCGAGGGCAAGGGCGCCAGGGACGAUAUCUACGUUCCUGCCUGGCCAUAUCUAGCUAAUCCUUAUGUCUAAGGCCACUUAAUGUUAAUGAUACUUGUUACAAA